AUGGCAGAUAAGCAACAGCAACCAGGGCAUCACAUGCCAGAACCAAAUAGCUAUGGCCACGUAGACGAAGAGGCACAAUCCAAAGAACUCAAACGCCAGAAACGCAAGAAACUCAUUCUAUAUAUUGCUGCUUUUGUUGUGUUCCAAACCAUUGUUAUAGUCAUCUUUUCACUCACUGUCAUGAAAGUCAAAACUCCCAAGUUCCGCGUUCGUGCUGCCUCAUUCGAGACUCUUAAUGUGAAUGCUUCGUCAUUUGACAUGAGAAUGAAUGCUCGACUUGGUGUCAAGAACACCAACUUCGGUCCUUACAAAUUCGACAAUAGUACCAUUACCUUCUUCUACAAGGGUGCAGCAGUGGGGAAUGCUAUUGUUCCCAAGUCAACGGCUAAAUUUCAAUCAACCAAGAGGUUCAAUGUUACUAUAGACCUAUCGUCAAGCAGUUCAGAAAUAGCAACUGAUUUCAGUUCUGGGAUUUUGCGGCUGAGCUGCACAUCAAGACUGACCGGAAAGGUGGAGCUAAUGCUGGUGAUGAAGAAGAAGAAAGCUAUCAAUAUGAAUUGCACCAUGGAAGUUCAUAUCGCGACCCAGCAAAUCCAGAAUUUGAAAUGCUAA